UCACCCUUGGCUACAAGGGAGGUAGUCCAACGCCACAGCUGUCUCUCUUUUUCCCUCCCAGGCUUAUCUCUGCUGCUGCCCCCAACCACCCUGGCAGCCCUGGCAGACAGCUGGCUCCGAGAAGACUGCCCAGGCCUCAACUUCGCCGCCUUGGUCACUGGGGCCGCCCCGUCGCAGGCAGCUCUGUGGGCCAAAUCCCCCGGGGUCCUGGCUGGGCGGCCUUUCUUCGAUGCCAUCUUUGCCCAACUCAACUGCCAAGUCACUUGGCUCCUCCCCGAGGGAUCGCAGCUGGUACCCGUGGUCCAGGUGGCGGAGGUGCGGGGCCCCGCCCACCGCCUGCUCCUGGGGGAGCGGGUGGCCCUUAACAUGCUGGCCCGCUGCAGUGGCAUUGCCAGCGCCGCCGCCACGGCUGUGAAGAUCGCCAGGGGCACUGGCUGGACAGGGCACGUGGCGGGCACCAGGAAGACCACGCCAGGCUUCCGGCUGGUGGAGAAGUACGGGCUGCUGGUGGGCGGGGCUGCGUCGCACCGCUACGACCUGGGAGGGAUGGUGAUGGUGAAGGACAACCACGUGGUGGCCGCCGGUGGUGUGGAGAAGGCAGUCAGGAGCGCCCGGCAGGCAGUCGACUUCGCUCUGAAGGUGGAGGUGGAGUGCAGCAGCCUGCAGGAGGCUGUGCGUGCAGCCGAGGCUGGGGCCGACCUGGUUCUGCUGGACAACUUCAAGCCUGAGGAGCUGCAUCCUAUAGCCCAGGCACUGAAGGCCCAGUUCCCAAGAGUAGCUGUGGAAGCCAGUGGGGGUGUCACACUGAGCAACAUCUCUCAGUUCUGUGGGCCCCACAUUGAUGUCAUCUCUUUGGGGAUGCUGACCCAGGCUGCCCCGGCCCUUGACUUCUCCCUCAAGUUGUUUGCUGAAGGGGCCACUCCAGUGCCCCAUUCCCGCCGUUCCUAAAGCCAAAGAGGAUACCACCACAGCCGUGUCAACAUGACCUGCUGGGACCCUUUAUGUUACACAUCUUUAGGUUCAGUGGCCAACAGGAUACACUUAGCAUUAGGCUGGAUUUGGCUCCAGCUCUGCCAUUUACUGCUUCUGUGACCUGCCAGGGACUGACUUCACCUCAAUUUCCUAAUCUGUAGAAUGAGCCUAAUAAACACCUAAGCUUAUAGGUUUGAUACUUA